AUGCAUCUAAAGAAGCCAUUAUGGAGCACAGCACUGAAAGAAACAAGAGAACCGUCGUCAGAGGCCGAGGAACAGCAACAACCGUCGCCAGCGACGGCAACAGCGGUGGACGAGCUAGUAAAUUCAUUAAAGAAGCAAAGAUUAUACAGAGAAGUAACACUCGCGCUCCGUACCAGCCUUAGAGAUGCUCGUGCCGAAUUCUCUUUCCUCCGCCUCCGCGGCCUCCGCUGUCUCCUUAACUUCCUCAGAUCUGUCGCUCAAUCAGAUUCCACUAUCAAUCUCUUCUGCCAAACACAAUCUUUACCGGAACUUCAAGUGGUUCCGGUUUUGUUUCAAAAUUCGUUAAAAGAGAGAGAGGAGGAGCAAAACGUAGAGAGCUUGAGUCAUGUGUUUGGCGUGGAGCCGAUGAGGAUUACGAGUCCUUCCACGGAUGCAGAAAUCGCGCUUGCGCUUCGUGUUCUGGAAGGUUGUUGUUUGCUUCAUAGAGAGAGUACUGUUUUUGCUCAUCAGUAUAAGGCAAUUCAGGUUUUGAUGCGGAUUUUGUCAACUAGAGGUGUAAUGGAGAAAGGUGCUUGUUUAGAUGCUUUAAUUUCGAUAAUGUUGGAUUCAUCACCCAAUCAAAUGGAUUUCGAAGUGUGUAACGGUAUUGAGGAAGUAACAGUGGUUAUUAAGGACAAGCAAGUCGAUGAGAAUCUCAGGUUGAGGUGUGGAGAGUUCUUGCUACUACUCAUUGGCCAUCUUAAUGAGAAGGAAAGGGCCCCCAUGCCUUCCAUACAUGAAGACGUAAGGCGACUCCUUGGUGAGAAAUCAGCCUCAUUGAUUUGGGCAGCCAGUCAAUUUGGAUCAACACUAGAUCCAGAACAGAGGUUGAUGGCUCUACAGAUCCAAGCUCGCAGGGUGCUUGAAUCACUGGACCUGUACUAA